GCCGUGAUAAUUUCUUUUCUAAUAAUUCAGUUUGUACCAAAAUGACAGACAAAAUACCAAAACCACCACCACCAGAUACACCUGACAGUGAUGAUUUCACCAACCAGUGGCCUUUUGAGCUCUCUGAGUACUUGAAAUUCGAUGAUAAUCAGUGGAUGCAUGAUGGUCUUGAGUCAUUUGCUUCUGAGAAUGUCUCAAACCAGGUUCAUCAAGUCAGUAAUGCAGGUGAGUUUGGAGGAGGAAGCAGCCACUUUGAAGGGUCUUCUAGCAAUACUAGCAGUGGACGUGAGAAUAGGGAAGUUAGAGAGAGAGUUGCAUUCAAAAUAAUGUCAGAGAUUGAAGUUCUUGAUGAUGGCUACAGAUGGAGGAAGUACGGAAAGAAAAUGGUGAAAAACAGUCCCAAUCCAAGGAAUUACUAUAGGUGUUCAGUGGAUGGAUGCAACGUGAAAAAGAGAGUGGAGAGAGACAAGGAUGACCCAAGGUAUGUAAUAACAACCUACGAAGGCAACCACACUCAUCCAAGUUCUUCCUAGGUCGAAUAUGAAGAGAAGUUUUGGCAGUGUAUAUAUUAUGUUUUGUUGGCCACAUCUAUUAGUACUUUCUUAUUAAAUACUGCAAGUGCUUUUGCCAUGUUUUUUUUAAGCCAUCAUCAAUGAUAAUAACUAAUAAUAACUGCUCUUGUAGAAUAGAUCUUUAAGGAAAUAUAGGAAAUUAAAGUAUGCUUUUGUUAUCUUUACGACAAAAGUUUCUGA